GCAUCAGAGCAACGCCAUUGGCUGCCGGCAGAUAAUUAAACACCUACACAGUCAAUGCACAAAUCCAAGUGUUGGGAUAUAUAGGCUGGUGCGUUGGCGCUGCAUGCAACAGAAUCAAGAGUUGUACUGGAAGUUGAGAGAAAGUCAACUUGUCGUGUUUUGACAGAGAAUCCUAGAGAGAUAUAUUUAUUUUUAUUUUUGCUGGGUGAUUAUCACUGAAGGGGACCAUGGUUAUGUUGAAGAUCUCUGCUUUCCUCGUUGCCUACGCCCUGGUCAUUUGCCAGAUGUACUGCUCACAAGCCGCCCCUGCCAGACCGGGUUUAGAGUCCAUGUCAGACCGAGUCACGCUCACGGACUACGAGGCCCGGAGGUUACUCAACGCCAUCGUUAAGGAGUUUGUGCAGAUGACGGCGGAGGAGCUGGAGCAGCAGGCGGCUGAAGGAAACAGCAUGGACAGGCCCUUAACCAAGCGCUGCUCCAACCUCAGCACCUGCGUUCUGGGCAAACUGUCCCAGGAGCUGCACAAGUUGCAGACAUUCCCUCGCACGAAUGUGGGAGCGGGGACGCCCGGCAAGAAGCGCACUGCGCCUGAGAGCGACAGCUAUGCAAGCUACAGCGAGACGUUUGACAGCAUCUAACCCCUCCUCAUGCCUCCCCCCCUCCGUCUCCUCCCCUCAUUCCAAUCCGCCCCUCCAUCAUUUCCAGAUUGGCAAGUGCAUGCUGUUUCAACCUGCUUGAUUGACAUGGAUAAGAACAUGACUUUGACCCCGCGAGCAACUUCUCGGUCCUUUCCCCUUCCUCACCCUUCCCUUAUUUUCUUCAGAGAAUGAUUUGUUCCUCUUAUAUCAGACAAUCAAACCUAAUUUUCACAAAUGUAAUUCAGGAGCCGGUUGAGACGUCCGUUUCUGUGUGCUGUAGUGGAGUCAUCUGAUCUCAGUCCAGAGCCCCUCAAAUCUGAACGAAUUGAGAGAGACCACUUUAAUCUUACCGUUAAUAAAUGAGCCACUCAUGCGACACCCAUGUUUGCUGUUCAAUAAAUGUAUUUUUCUACCUGGAAGCCGUAGCCCAUUUUCAUUCUUAGGGAUACUAAAGCAACCAGUUUAAAACAUGCCU